UCUCUACUCACCGGACUUUCCUCCCGCUUCGGAACUUUUUUCUUCUUCUUCUCGGCAUCAAGGUAAAAAAGUAGGGGACAGAAAGCACGGCUGCGCUCCGGUCGACGGAGAGAGGCAGAGGACCGCUCGCCGGUACACACGGCGCCCCGGAACGCGCGCGCGGUGCUCGUCGCUCGCGCGCCGGACGCCGCAGGACCAUGACACUUGAGACGGUUCUGAAACUUCUCCUGUGCGUUGUGUUUCUACUCCCUCACGUGAUGCACGCUCAGACAGUGCUCCCUCCUGAGUGCGUGCCGGGCGGCCACUCCGUCCUCCGGGAGCCCAACCGCAGCACCACCUUCAGCUCCAGCCGGCUGCAGCAGUCGGCGCUGCAGGACUUCAUCUGCGACCACUCCCUCGCCGCCGGCUGGUACCAGUUUCAGAUCUUUGACAAGCCGGCCAGCAUGCCCACCCAGUGUGUGGAGGUGAACCACUGUGGUACCCAGGCUCCCGUGUGGCUGUCCCUGGGGGAGGGGGAGUCCCUGCCGGGGCCCCUGGAGGUGCGGCCGCUGACGGCCUGCGCCGCCUGGCAGCUCCUCCCGGGCACCAGCACCGACUGCUGCAUGUUCCGCCUCCCGGUCACCGUACGCAGCUGUGGAGACUUCUAUGUGUACCUGCUGCAGCCCACGCAGGGAUGCAUGGGGUACUGCGCUCAGGAGAUGUCGGACACUCCUCCCACGGCGUCGCCGAGCUGCGGCCCCGACGCGGUGACCGCCGGCGGGACGUGUGCAACUGCGCAGCCGCCCGCUCCGUCUGCACCGGUGAUCGUCCCGGAGGUGGCGGGACACUCUGUCUCCCUGAGGUGCAGCUUCGGGAGCGUCUCCAACAGCUCUGUGGGCUACGUGGUGGCCUGGUCCCGCCUCUCUCCGGAGGGCAGGAAGGAGGAGCUCAAACGGGAGACCACCAUCCAGACCUCCGCCUACAUCGAACUGGACGGCUUCAACCUCCGCCUGGGGGACAAGAUCUACUGCUCCAGCUCCAGUUUCCUGUUGGACUCGCCCAACGUUCACGGUGCUUCAGUGCAAAGUCCGGAGUUCUUUGCUGGCAUCACGCUGAGACCAGAGAAGCGCGCCGUGUCCGAGGACGGGCGGCCCUACGAGCUGCUGGUGGAGAGCAGCGUCCCCGUGCCGUGUCCGGAGGAGCCGCCGUGCGCUCUGACCCUGCAGCUCAGCACCAGCAGUGCAGACGAGGACGUGUUGGGGGCGGACCUGUCUCUGUCCUCCUGCGUGGUGGAUCUGACCCGGGGGCCCUGUCGGGACGGGGUUUGCGGCCGAGCUCUGAUCCACUUCAGCGCCGUCACCGACUUUGUGAACGACGGCGACAGGACCACCCGGAUCGCCGUGAAACCCAUCGUCACGCAGAACUCUCUCUGGAGCGGAUACUCGCCAGAACCAGUGGAGAUAACGGUGACGGAUGUCCCCUCCGCCUACUGCUACUCCUUCACUGAUCCUCACAUCAUCACAUUUGAUGGCAGGCACUACGACAACUACCAAGUGGGCACCUUUGUCCUCUACAAGAGCACCGCCAGGCCGUUCGAGGUCCACGUGCGCCAGUGGGAGUGCGGCAGCGUGGUCCACGCCGCCUCGUGCGCGUGCGGCUUCGCGGCGAGGGACGGCGGCGACGUCAUCGCCUUCGACAUGUGCAACGGGGAGAUGGGCGAGGCCAAACCUCACCUGUCCGUGAGGAACGGGGACCUGAGCCGCAGCGGCAUCCGCAUCACCGAGUCCUACCAGGGUCGCAAGGUCACGAUGACCUUCUCGUCGGGCGCGUUCGUCCGCGCCGACGUGUCCGACUGGGGGAUGAGUCUGACGCUGAGGGCUCCCGGUUCGGACCGGGGCCGCACCGAGGGCCUCUGCGGGACCUUCGACGGCCAGCCGCACAACGACUUCCACUCAGCGGGGGGCGCCACACUGGAGCAGCCGCACGCUUUCAUCUCCGAAUGGAGGCUCCCUCCAGGCAGCAGCCUGUUUGACACCAUGCCAUCCCACCUGAGCACGCCGAGCCCCCGCAAGUACUGCAACUGUCAGGCCGGGCCCCGCCCUCAACCCGACUCCUCCUCCUCCUCCUCCUCCUCCGCCUGCUCCCAUCAUGGCAACGUGCACCUCCCCAGCGCCAUCCCCUACCUGGACGUCACGGCGGAGUACAUCGGCUCGGUGGAGCUGCUCACCGGCGAGGGAGGCGUCGGUCAGCCGCCGCCGCCGCCUCCUCCGGGGCGCUCCAGUCACGGCGCCUCGGGUCGAGGGGGGGGCGGAGCUUCCGCCUCGACCCGCAGCCAGCGUCGGAACCACCGCUUCACGUCGAACGCCCCGCGCCGAAGCCUCGGCCGGUCGGAUCCGGAGGGCUUCGCCUACUUUUUCCCGGCGGACCACGAAGCCACGGGUCCGCCGGACUCCUCCCCCAAGUGGCCCACGCCUUCCGGCCUGACGGAGCGGCAGGCCGAGGCCCGGUGCCGGCGGGCCGUGGCGCGCUCCGGCACGGCGCUGGGCUGCGGGCGCCUGCUGGGGGAGUCGACGGUCGGCGGCGCGGCGGCCAUGUGCGUCGCCGACCUGCAGCUGAAGGACGAGCCGGCGUGGCUGAGCGCCGCCGUGCCGCUGCUGGAGAACGAGUGCGAGAGGAGGCUCACGGAGGAGAGGCGGAGUCACGAGGAGGACCAGGAUGUGCUGGCGGUCCUCAAGUGUCCCGGCCUGUGCAACGGGAACGGCCAGUGCUCCCAGUGGGGCUGCGUCUGCUUCCCAGGAUUUGGGUCGUAUGACUGCAGCGUGCUUUCUGACCAGACCCCAGAGAUCACGCAGCUGGGGGAGGAGGGUCUGUGUGACGUACGACGGGGAGGCUGCCCCGCCCUCCAGGUCCACGGGCGAGGCUUCCAGGACUCCUACGAGCUCAAGUGUGAGUUUGUGAAAGAAAAGUUUGAGGAUGGGCUCUGGGUCCUGGACGAGCCCCAGUUCGUCCUGGCCGUCUUUCUGGAUGUGACGGCUCUGGAGUGCCAGCUCCCCCUGGUGGACAGCCGUGGUCCUGCGGGCCCGGACCUGGAGACGGAGACUAACCGGCCACUGGCUCGCUGGCAGAUCAAAGUUUCCAAUGACGGCUACAGCUUCAGCAACGCCAAGAUCCUGACUCUGUACGACGGAGCUUGUCAGGUCUGCAUCCUCGGCGCCGAGGUCCUGUGCACCCUGAGGGAGAAAACCUGCAGCAUCGACGUCCGGUGCUACAGCGAGGGCGAGUCCCACCCCAGCAGCCCUUGCCUCGCAUGCCGCCCGGACUCGUCCAAACACGCGUGGGCCGUCGCCGAGAAGAACGAGCCUCCGGAGCUCCAGCCGUUGCCGCUCGGCCUCCGGUCCUUCCGGGGAGAGAGUCUGGUCUACCAGCUCCAGGCCCGGGACCCCGAGGGCUCGGCGCUGCUCUUCACCCUGGUGUCGGGCCCCCGGGGUGCCGCUCUGUCUCCGGCCGGCCUGCUGACGUGGAAGGCCUCAGCCGAAACUACGGACACGCCCACUUUCAAGUUCACCGUGACGGACGACUGUCACGAGGAAACCGAAGCCUCCAUACAGGUGUCUGUGCUCUCCUGUGAGUGUCUGAAUGGAGCGUCCUGCGUGUCCAACGCCGGCCUCCCCGCCGGCAGCGGAGAGUACCUGUGUGUGUGUCCUGAAGGAUUUAAAGGGGAGCGGUGCCAGGUGGACGUUGACGACUGCAAGCCCAACCCCUGCAGGCUCGGCCGCUGCAUCGACGGACCCGACUCCUUCUCUUGUGUCUGCCCGCCUGGAAUGACCGGCCGUACUUGUCGAGAGGACAUCGACGAGUGCGUCUCCCGGCCUUGUUCGCCCGGGCUCGGCUGUAGCAACACGCUCGGCUCCUUCGUCUGUGGACUCUGCCUCCGAGGAUUCAGAGGGGACAGGAAAGUCUGCUCACCGAUGACCGCACCGGCUCGAGCGCCGCCGGUUUCCCCGAGGCUCAAACCCUCGGGCUCGUCGGCGUGCUCCAGGCGACCGUGCCACGCCGGGGUCCAUUGUUUCGAGAGCGCCCACGUCUCCGCGGGCUUCAUCUGUGGCCCCUGUCCCGCCGGUCUCCGUGGAAACGGACGGACGUGCACCGCGACAGGUCAGGGUGACGUCGCCAGUGGAGCCGAGGGUCAUCUUCACGUCAGCCAAUCAAACGCCAGUAAGGAAAUGACUCCCACCUCCUCUUCCUCGUCUUCAUCGACUCCCAUACGACCCGCCGACAGGCGGACGAGACCAGAAGCCACCAUCCCCAGCGUGAGGAGAGCUUUGUCCACAGACGUCCCGGCGGGGGCGGAGCUGCACCCCGACCUCGCCGCCGGGGUCAGGCUGGGGUCGCCACCCCUCCACCUGACCUGCGCCGACUCCCCUUGCUUUCCCGGUGUUCCCUGUGAGCUCGCCGCCACCGGGUCCUUCAGGUGUGGACGCUGCCCGUACGGGUACACCGGAGACGGAGUCGCAUGUAAAGCUGUGUGCCGGUACCGCUGUGGCGGGAACAUGGAGUGCACGUCGCCCAACGCCUGCACCUGCAAGGCGGGCUACACCGGGUACAGCUGCCACAUCGCCGUGUGUCGACCCGACUGCAGGAACCAGGGCAAGUGUGUGAGGCCGGAUGUGUGUGAGUGUGCGGCGGGCUACAGCGGGCCCACCUGUGAGGAAGCGAGCUGCGAGCCGCCCUGUGGACACGGAGGCACCUGCCUGGCCAGGAACCUGUGCACCUGCCCGUACGGCUACGUGGGACCCCGAUGUGAAAUCAUGGUGUGUAACCGGCACUGUGAGAACGGAGGCGGCUGCCUUUCUCCCGACGUCUGCCAAUGCAAAGCCGGAUGGUACGGACCGACGUGCAACUCGGCUCUCUGCAGCCCCGUGUGUCUGAAUGGAGGAACGUGCACGAAACCCGACAUCUGCGUCUGCCCCGGAGGCUUCUACGGCUCUCAGUGUCACAUCGCCGUGUGCAGCCCUCCCUGUAAGAACGGAGGUCGGUGCAGGAGGAACGGCGUGUGCUCGUGUCCCGAGGGCUACACGGGCAGGAGGUGUCAGAAGAGUGUGUGUGAGCCGAUGUGCAUGAACAGAGGCAAGUGUGUGGGGCCCAACGCCUGCUCCUGUGUGUCGGGGUGGAGAGGGAGGAGGUGCAGCAUACCCGUCUGUCUGCAGAAGUGUAAACAUGGCGGCGAGUGUUUGGGACCAAACACCUGCCACUGCCCCGCCGGCUGGGAGGGCCUCCAGUGUCAAACACCCGUCUGUAGGGGGCGGUGCCUGAACGGGGGGAGGUGUGUCCUCCCCGACUACUGCCACUGUCGGAGAGGCUACAGCGGCCCCACCUGCAGCGCCAAGGCGUCGCAAGCAUGAAGAAAAUGAGAACUGGGAUGAAAGAAGCUCCGACAUGCAAGAAGAGAGGUGUGUGUGUGUGUGUGUGUGUGUGUGUGUGUGUGUGUGUGUGUGUGUGUGUGUGUGUGUGUGUGUGUGUG